AUGUCCGUUGUCCCCAUAUGCAGUGCAAACAGGGGACCCGAGGGGGACAAGAAGGGUUUGCAAGCCCUUGAUGCAUAAGCCUGUUUGCCAACAAGAAUCUUCCCUUUUUGCCAUGCUAAGGGUGGACUGUGGAUAGUGCUUGUCCCUUGUUCCCUGAUCCCCACCAGGACCAGAGUGAUGCCAGGACAUCUCCGGGACAAAUCUCUACUUGUCUAUCUUCCAUGGGGGAAAGCCUCCAAUCCCCUGGUGUCUGAGUGACAGCUAGGGGCCGGAGGACAGAGGACAGGGAGACAUAGCCUAUGAAUAUCCCAACCUGGAGACACGGAAAGCGAGUGGCAGAUUCUGGGAGCAGUGUGGCCACAGCAGGAUCCUCCAGGGGAACCACUGAGGGGUAGACACGGUAGUGAUCCAUCCCCAGGAGAGGAACAGGAAUCAGAGAAAGGAGACUGUGCAAACCCAUCCCCCACCAGGAGCUUCUCAAAUAGCGCGGCUCUGCCUAGACCACCGCUGGGGACAGACCAACAGGGAUGUAGGAUGGUGAGGAGGAGAGGCUUCCUAGUCCCUUCCUCCUUGCAAUCCAUUCUUGCCUCCUCAGCUUACUCUGAGUGAGAGGUCAAGGGUCCCCAGGUCCCCUCUCUGCCGCCUCUUAGCUCCAGGCAGCACCAAGACCCCACUAGGAUUGGUCCGGACCUCACCUCACCUAAUCAACCCAGUGAGGACACAAAACAGACCCCAUAUUAUGUCUCCUGAUGAUUGCAAUUCUCAGAGCUCUAGACGAGUGGUUCUUAACCUUCGUGACGCUGCCACCCUUUAAUAUAGUUCCGGGUACUCCCACGUGGGCGUAUCUAGGUGGGUUGACCCGCCUGGAGACAGAAGAGUGGUAUCUCAGUUAUGGUCUUAACUGUUGGAAAAAAAUGUAUUUUCGCACAAUCUUAAAUGAUCCCUGUAAAAGGGUUGUUCGAUCCCUGAGGGGUGGAGGCCCAGAGAUUGAAAACUGCUGCUCUAGACGGAUGGAGACACCUGCUUUUCCGUGGAGUCUGACAGCAGAUGGGGCGCUGACCUAGCAUCCCAGCAUGAAAAGAGGAGGCAGGGUGUUGUUAAGAGCUGCGUUGUUAUACAUUGUUAUUAAGUUGCCACACCUUACAAGAACAUUGUUUCCUAAACCUAAUUCAUCCUGCAAACCAUGACUCCCACGUGAUGCUCCUUGCACUUACUACCCCACAGGCAGCUUUGAGCCCUGACCCCACCCCCACACUCUUCUGUCCCAGUGCUAACAGCCAAGGGACUCAAUAGACCUUUUCUAUCAACCCUAACCCUUCCCUAUAAAAAAGGACCUCAAAAGCCAGUGAGGAGCUGCUCUCUGAAAACCCCAAAUUAGGAAGAGUCGGUCGUUCGGCCUGUCCCCUUGGGCGCUGGCUUUAGUCAGACAGUAACCUGAAUGGUGUUUCCCUCGGGUCUAAUGCCAGCCCUUGUCCCCACCACACAGACCCUGGGCUCUCUUGUCAAAACGGCUCCAGAAUUGGGGUGACUGUGAGCCAGAGUGAGGAGUGAAGUGACGGCCAUCAGGGCAGAGGAAAGAGAGGCCUUACUGACCUGACCCCACAGUCUCCAACAGUGGCCUCCAUAGCAGUGCGGAAUGAAACGGUGAGCUUUCAGGCCACAGCCCGGGGAGGAGGUCCAGUGGGGCAUAGCGAGGGCUGGGUGAGGUGAUGAUGCGCAGGUUCAAUCCCCAGCUCUCAGGAAGUGGAGGCAGGGUCCCUGAGAGCCGCUAGUGCCCCCUGUGGACAUUUUCUUUCUAUGGCCUCACUCAGAGGAACUGCCACAACUCCGCUGCUUUCAGGGACCCUUUGCCAGAGCCAAUGCUCUGCUGUGACUACAGGCACUUUGUCGUACUCUGAGGUGAAUUCCCAAUACAAAGCCACUGUGCCGUUCCUGGUGAGGGUCCCAGGAAGUCAUCUGCCACAUAGGACAGCCACACACAAUGUGCCAUCCUACCUCGGAAGAAGAUGCUAUACAUAAUAAUUUAUGAGAGGCUGAGGCCGGGGGAUUACCAGCUCAAGACCAGUUUGGGCUAGAUAGCAAGGCUCUGUCUCAAUACUAACCCAAAAUAAUUGUGUUGAGUUGGUGAAGUUUAUUUUUGUUUUUGAUUUUUAAAUAUUUACUUUUUAACACACACAUACUCUGUGUGUUUGUGUGUGUGUGUGUGUGUGUGUGUGUGUGUGAGUGAGUGUAGGCUACUCUUGACUCUUCAGGGCCUUAUGUUUACCCAGAGGUAUCUCUGAGCUCUUUCUGUCUGCCCAGUCUGUCACUGAAUGCUCCAGCCACUGGAAACAGGAAGGAAGGGACAUUAUGUUAAUGGACAGACUCUACCCUCAAUAAAAUCAAAUUAGCUUAGCAUUUAGCCAGCCAGCUUUCUGCCUAAUGGUUUGUUAUUUCUGAGACAGGCUCCUUCUAGCUAUAAGUGGAGGAAACAGAGGCACCAAGAAGACAGUCCUACACUGAAGGACUAAAAACACUGGCCUCUGUGCAGGUGUCCCCUCAGUCUCUUAAGGCUUUAAGUUUAAGCUGGGGUGUUCUUGGGAGGGGCCAACCAGCUGGAAGCUAACACGCACCCACACACCCACACACCCACACCCACACCCACACACAUACACACCCCAGCUGCUGGGCAGUGACUCCCACACUCCGGUUUCGAUUUCCUAGGCUCCUAGGCAGGGCUGAGUUAGGGGUGGGGCUUUGGAUUUCCUCUUUCUAGAAACCCAGACGCAGGGCAGAAGCCCAGGACCUGAGAGUGUUCUGCCUCAGCAAUUGACAAGGCCAACUAGCAACUAUGGAAAACUGGCUAACCAGUUGGUCACCUGGCUGGCCGUUUGGUGGGUCUUCGGGGGUGUCCUCGGUGCCAGCAGACAAGCUAGAAGAAUAUAUCCGGGCAAACCUCAAACCCAAUGAAGCAUCUCUGAAGCAGAUAGACCAGGCCGUGGACACCAUCUCUGACCUGCUGCGCAGUGAGAUCCCUGUGAUGAAAGUGGCUAAGGGUGGCUCCUAUGGUCGGGGCACAGUCCUAAGAGGCCGCUUCGAUGGUACCCUUGUUCUUUUCAUGGAUUGCUUCCAACAGUUCCAGGAUCAGAAGAAAAACCAAGAUAAACUCCUCGACACGAUUGAGCAACGGCUGAAAAGCUAUGUGAAAUACAGGAUGUCAGUAAACCGUGGAUACGCCCUGGUAGUACAAGUGUCUACACCAGAGCAGAGUAUAUCCUUGCAGUUACUUCCAGCCUUCAAUCCUCUGCGGCUUGUAAACUCCUGUCUCAGUCACUGGUCAAUUGCUGCGAAGAGACCCCAUGAUCAAGACAACUCUUAUAAAAAGGAGCAUUUAACUAACAGCUGGCUUCAAGUUUCCAAGGGCGUCAGUGAGAAUCCCAGCUCCCAGGUCUAUCGGAAUCUCAAACAAUCCAUGGAUCGAGUAGGAGCAACACCAGGGGAGUUCUCAGACUGCUUCACCACACUGCAGGAGCAGUUUUUCAAGAAAUAUCCCAGAAGACUGAAGGAUUUGAUCCUAUUGGUCAAGCACUGGUAUGAACAGUGCCAGGGGAAGUGUGCAUCCACACCUCAGCCAUUGCUGUAUGCCCUGGAGCUGCUCACUGUGUAUGCCUGGGAACAGGGCUCCCAAGCUGAAGACUUCGACAUGGCACAAGGUGUCAGGACCGUGCUGCAACUCAUCAGUCAGCCGACAAAUCUGUGUGUCUACUGGACAGUCAACUACAACUUUGAGGAUGAGACAGUCCGGAACAACCUUCUGUACCAGCUCAACUCCCAAAGACCGGUCAUCUUGGAUCCAAGUGACCCAACCAACAAUGUGGGCAAAGAUGACGGGUCCUGGCAGAUACUGGCAGAGAAGGCUCGGGCCUGGCUAUACUCUCCCAGCCUGAAUAAUGAGUCACCUGCACCAUACUGGGAUGUUCUGCCCAGGCCACUUUUCGUCACUCCAACCCAUUUACUGGACAAAUUCAUCCAAGACUUCCUCCAGCCCAACAAGGUCUUCCUAGAGCAGAUCAAAAGAGCCGUUGACAUUAUCUGUUCCUUCCUUAAAGAGAACUGCUUCCGGAAUUCUGACACCAAAGUCCUGAAGGCCGUCAAGGGAGGAUCCACUGCCAAGGGCACCGCUCUGAAGCAGGGAUCAGAUGCCGACAUUGUAGUGUUCCUCAGCUCGCUGAAUAGUUAUGACUCCCUAAGAACCCAGCGCACCUGCUUCGUUCAGGAGAUCCAGAGGCAAUUAGAAGCCUGCAAGCAAGCCCAUGAGUUGGAGGUGAAGUUUGAGAUGUCAAAAUGGCCUGCCCCCAGGGUGCUGAGUUUUACCUUGAAAUCCAAGAGUCUCAAUGAAAGCGUUGAGUUCGAUGUCCUUCCCGCCUAUGAUGCACUAGGUCAACUGCGGCCUGGCUUCACUACUAGGCCCAAAGCCUACAAGGAACUCAUUGAGCAGUAUGUAUCAGGAGCCAUCAAAGAAGGAGAGUUUUCAAUCUGUUUUACAGAGUUACAGAAAGAGUUCAUUGAAACCCGGCCCACCAAACUGAAGAAUCUUAUCCGCCUGAUCAAGCACUGGUACAAACAGUACGAAAGGAAGAUGAAGCCCAAAGCAUCCUUGCCCCCAAAGUACGCCCUGGAGCUGCUCACCGUGUAUACCUGGGAGCAGGGCAGUGGCACACAUGACUUCAACACUGCUGAAGGCUUCCGGACCGUCCUGGACCUGAUCAUAAAAUACCAGCAGCUAUGCAUCUUCUGGACAGUCAAUUACAACUUCGAAGAGGAACACAUGCGGAAGUUCCUACUGACCCAGAUCCGGAAAAAGAGGCCUGUGAUCCUGGAUCCAGCAGAUCCCACAGGCGACGUGGGAGGAGGUGACCGCUGGCGUUGGGAUCUUCUAGCCGAAGAAGCAAAAGAGUGGCUGUCCUCCCCCUGUUUCCAAGUGGAGCAAAAAAGCAUGGUAGAGCCGUGGAAAGUGCCACUUCCCCUCCCUCUCCCUCCAGGUAGUGCAGACCCUAGGAAGCUGUGGACUUCAGAUCUACCCCACUGUGGGUGGGGUGUACUAAGUUGGAGUCCAUUCUGCUCUGGAGUGAAAAUUCUGGAAGAAGCUUCUAGCGUCAUCUGGCAAAGACUCAGACCACGUUAUAAAAGGGAGCCUGGGUCCAGCUCUCUCGGGCUGGCUCCCACCUCUCUCCUUCCUGCUUGAAAUCAAGACAUGGGCUCCCCACCCCCCCCAUCCCCCCACCCCCCACCCCCGAGCUGCUUGCCCCAUGCAGCGCGAUGUGUUUUGUAUUCUGUUCCGGCUUUUUUCUGCCUCCCACCUGCUAGUCUCCAGGCAGCUCUAGACUCACCCCCCCACCCCCCACCCCCCACACCCCCCACUCCCCCACCCCGUCACCCCACCCCGUCACCAAGGUUAAGCUCCUCCCUAGCCCUUCAUUUCCAUCAGCCCCAACUUGCCCUCGGAGUCUUCCGUUGUGUCUUUGUCUCUUUCCCUGUCCCUGUGGAUACAGAGAGGCCCCAUCCAGCAGCUAGCCGAGACCCCCUCCCUCUACCUCUGCUGUUAACACUCUUUCUCUUGGGGGAAAUAUAAACAUCUACCCCUUUUAAGGUCCCAGGACAAACCAAGGGACAUACAUUUCUACCUUCCCUGCAGGGCCAAGGAGCUGACUGAGCUCGCCUGCUCACAGGUGAGGGGUCACAGGCAGGAGCACAGGGACCUUUGAAGCUGUCAUACUAGAAGGUCUGCACCUAGCUAGGAUAAUGGCUUUCCUGGCUCUGCAUAAAGGGAACCCCUCCCCUCAUCUUUCCUCCUGUAUCCUAUAGCCCUUCCCAGAGACUACGUACAAUCAGGGCAGAAUAGCACGCAGCUAGUUGGGACCAGUUGUUCGAUAACUCAGCUGAGGGUCCCAUAACCUUCCCACCCCACCUCUCUUCCAAGAGUGAAGACCAACAGUCAGCAGGUCCAGCUGUGAUGUUCACUAACAAGCAGGCUCAGGUGGACUCCUGAAGAUGCGGCAGUGUAGCUCAGUGAAUAGCCCCGCAGAACAUUUUAUGCCCGCCAAAUGCUGGUUGGUACCUCCUGCCGUGGCCGUGCCAGCUGCCCAGGGGGCCUUCACCCCUGGGCUUUAACUGCACAGAUACACAAGGUCUAAGCCCUUCGAUUCCCAAGUAAGGUCGAGCCUUUUCUGCCUGUGCUUGCUCUGAUGCACUGAGGGCCGUGCCUGGCCCCUGUGCUGCUUUAUAAGCAUAGAAGUGCAGCAUCCCAGGGAGUUGGCUUCGCUGUAAACUCCUUCAUCCAGUCCUGAUGUACCCUUUGAGGUGGCUCAGACUGGGCUAGCCCAGACAGAAAUCCUAGUGCUGAGACCCCACCAAAGUCUCUGGAUAAGCAAGUUCCAGGAACCUCUGCGCUGAUCAACAUCCCAAUGUAUCAACAAGGUAGAAUCCGACCUCCAUGGGGACAGACACUCCUGGAUCAACCCCCUCCCUGGGGACUCUGUGUUUAGCUGUUCAUUUAUAUGCUUCAUAAUAAAUGGUGGUCUUGGGUGCA